AUGGCGGAAACUACAAAACGAAAAACAACUGAUCCUGAAGAAGAAAGUACAAAUGAAGUAGAAGAUGCCUGGAUUGGUCCAUUGCCAGAUGAAGCUGCCAAACCAAAGAAGCGCAAAGUUUUGGAGUUUGAAAAAGUGUACCUGAAUAAUAUGCCAAGCUCAGAAUAUUAUGAAAUAAGUUACAUGCACAGAGAUGUUGUUACUCAUGUUGCUUGUGCGAAAAACGGAUUCAUUAUAACAUCAAGUAAUGAUGGUCAUGUCAAAUUUUGGAAAAAGAACGAAGAUGAAGGUAUUCAAUUUGUGAAACAUUUCAGGAGUCAUUUAGGUACUAUUAAUGAUAUGAAUUUAAGUCUAAAUGGAGAAUAUUGUUGUACUGUCGCUGAAGAUAAGACAGCUAAGGUAUUUGAUGUUGUUAAUUUUGAUAUGAUAAAUAUGAUGAAAUUGGGUUAUGUUCCUAAAGCAUGCUGUUUUAUAUUUGCUGCUGGUGAUGCUAUUGCUGCAUUAGCUGUGUCAGAGGAUAAGAGUAAUAAUAUUUAUGUUUACGAUGGAACUGGUAGUAAUACUCCAUUACAUACUGUAGAUAAAUUACAUUAUAAACCUGUUACACAUAUAAAGUAUAAUGGUAUAUUUGAAUGUGUGGUGUCAAUAGAUACUGGUGGUAUGGUAGAAGUAUGGACAGGACCUAAAUAUGAUUAUAAAUUUCCUAAAACACUGCAGUGGGAGUAUAAAACAGAUACAGAUCUUUAUGAUUUUAUGAAGUGUAAAGCUCAACCCACCAACCUUGCUUUCUCACCAGAUGGUAAAUUAUUAGUUACCAUGGCUACAGAUAAAAAGGUAAAAAGCUUUAUUCGAUUCCUGACUGGGAAGUUAACUAAAGUUUUAGAUGAAACAAUACAACAGUAUAAUGAAAUGCAAGAGAUGAAACAGGUGUUACCAAAUAUGGAGUUUGGUAGAAGAAUGGCACUUGAAAAAGAUUUUCAGAAGUCCGAUUCUUUUUCCUUAUCAAACAUAAUUUUUGAUGAAAGUGGAAAUUUCAUUUUAUAUGCUACAUUAUUGGGUGUAAAAGUAAUAAAUCUACAUACAAAUCAAUGUGUGAGGUAUAUUGGAAAACCAGAAAAUAUUCGAUUUGUCCAGUUAGCAAUGUUUCAAGGUAGUGGUAAACAAAUGAAGGCAGCCGUAGAUGUUGAUAUGGUGACCUCGGAUAAUCCUCUAUUAUCUCAACAUUUAAACGAUCCCAUAUUGUUCUGUACAGCUUAUAAAAAGAAUAGAUUUUUUAUGUUUUCUCAAAGAGCAGCUUCUGAUGCCAGAAGUGUUUCCAAUGAAAGAGAUGUAUUUAAUGAAAAACCAUCAAAGGAAGAAAUUGUAGCAGCUACACAGGAUGUAGCGUAUUCAAGUAUAUCAGAUAGUUGUGUCCUACAUACAACAAUGGGAGAUAUACAUAUCAAACUAUUUCCUAAAGAAUGUCCUAAAUCAGUCGAGAACUUCUGUGUACACAGUCGGAAUGGUUAUUAUAAUAAUCAUAUAUUUCAUAGAGUUAUAAAAGGUUUUAUGGUUCAAACUGGUGAUCCUUUAGGUAAUGGAACAGGAGGAGAAUCUAUAUGGGGUGGAGAGUUUGAAGAUGAGUUUCACCCAUCAUUACGUCAUGAUAGACCAUAUACUUGUAGUAUGGCAAAUGCUGGACCAAAUACUAAUGGUUCCCAAUUCUUUAUUACUCUAGUUCCAACACCAUGGUUAGACAACAAACAUACAGUGUUUGGUAGAGUGGUAAAAGGAAUGGAAGUUAUACAGAAUAUUGGAAUGGUUAAAACUAAUGCAAAAACAGAUAAACCAUUUGAUGAUAUUCGAAUAAUAAAUAUCUCUGUGAAAUAGUGAAAAUAAAAUAGAAUUUUUAACAAAAUAACUUAAAAAUGUUAUUCCUCUCUUUUCCCUCUCUUUUCUCAAAAUAGUUAAAUGGUUGCUUUAAAAACAAUAAAAUGAAUAUCAGCACCCAGGUACAGAAAUAGAUGAGUUACAUCGUGUCCAAACCACACCCCCAUUUGUCAUACUUCCCCGGGGCCGUGGUAAAACAUGUGAGAAAUAUUACGUAUUCAUAGCUAAAUAUAUAUUUGUUCGACUAUACAGUUGUGUUCAUUUAUAUUAAAGGAAUAAAGUUGUUUUAAUAUUU